CGUUGUCCUCCGCCGGGCUCUUCAGGCCAUAAACCCAACCCAAUCAAACACAUCACCACCGGAGAAGAAGAAGGAGAGCUAGCAGAGCGGCUUCGAGGAUGGGCUCCCGCUACGAGGUGGAGCUGACGGUGGGAUCGGCCAAGGACCUGAAGAACGUCAACUGGCGCAACGGCGACCUGAAGCCCUACGCGGUGCUCUGGAUCGACGGCGGUGCCAAGUGCUCCACCCGCGUCGACCUCGACAACGGCGAGAACCCUGCCUGGGACGAGAAGGUCGUCGUCCCGCUGCCCCCCACCAGCCGCAUCCAGGACGCGGUCCUCUACAUCGACGUCGUCCACGCCAACGCCGCCGAGGGCACCAAGCCGCUCGUCGGCUCCGCCCGCCUCCCGCUCCGCGACGUCGUCGACGACGCCGGCAUCGGGGGCCGCGCCUCACGCAACCUCCGCCUCAAGCGGCCCUCGGGCCGGCCCCAGGGCCGCCUCGACGUCCGCGUCGCCGUCAAGGAGCCCUCCCGGUACUACGACCCUAACCCUGGCUACCCUGCCCCCGCCGGGUACCCGGCCUCCCGUGACCCCUACGCCGCUCCGGCUCCUCCAUCUGGCGGCUAUGGCGGCUACGGCGGCGGCGCGCCGCCACAGCCGUACGCGGCGGCGCCUCCGUCAGGGUAUCCGGCCUACGGCGCCGCGCCGCCUCAGCCGGCGUACGGUGCGGCUCCGCCGGCUUACGGCGCGGCGUAUGGAUCUGCGCCCCAGCCGGCGUACGGCGCGGCGGCUGCUCCUGCGGCGUACGGCGCGACGUCGACGGCGGCUGACCCGAACAAGAAGAAGGGGAUGGGGAUGGGGACCGGGAUCGCGGUGGGGGCGGCGGCGGGCGUGCUGGGUGGGCUCGCGCUGGCCGGCGGGGCGAGCUACGUAGAGAACAAGUUCGAGGAGCGCGUCGCCGAGAAGGUGGAGGAGGACUCCUACGGCGGCGGCUACGGCGACUACGGCGGCGACGAUGACUACUAGGCACCUGCCCUGUGGAUCGAUCUGAAGCUUCCCAUCAUGCAGAAGUCGUCUCUCUUCUCUCAUCGCCUUGCCUGUCCGUCGUGGCUAUGAAUUUCGAUUUCUUUUUCCUUCUUCUUUCUCUUUUGUGCUAUGAAUUGAUUAUCGGGUAUGAUCGAAUGCGCGAUCUAGCGAGAGUUGAAAACUUCGGUGUGGCAUCAUAUCGAAAUAAUAAUUGUUAAUUUACAUGUUGAUCUUGUGUACUCCUCUAUCUCGCUAGAUAUUUGUGAAGGAGAAUCGAUGUGCCA